AGUGCACAUUACUGUAGUAUGAAGAGCAAUCGGUUGAGCAUAUAUCAGCCUAGCAAUUCAACGGAGGAGCGCACAAGCUGAUAAACGAACAACUACCUAUUCGUGCAAUACUGGAUACCCAUCCCAAAAUCGUUAUCUACAGAACAAACCCAAAGCAAAGUUUAGAAUGUAUAGGGACGAAAUUUUAGCACACCUCACUGAAAUGUUUGGCGAUCACAUUGACCAGCAACGAAUAAUUGCUACGAUCGAGAGAUACGACGAUUUAAAUGCUUGUGUCGAAGCGCUGUUACGGGACGAGGAACAAGCUGGUUCCUUCCCGGAACUGAAAAGUACUGCCGAUAAACUGCCAACAGCCUUACCCGCCGAUGACAAUGAUUCCGUUAACGGGCCGGAUCGUUCGACCGGAGCCACCCGCAAGCAAGUGAACAUAGCCAAGAACGAUGCAGCAGAAAUGACAACGAGUUUCGCAUCCCUUCUGCAGAAAGGAAACUUUCCUAUACAAUUUCAACAGCCCCCAGCUCCCAGCAACAGCCAACAGUCAAGGAUCGCCGGGAAACAUAAGCCCGCUGAGCAGCCGGCGAACUUUCAAAACAUCCUCGACAUGGUGUCUCAAGGUUAUCGCGUUAUGGUGCUUAUGCGAGGAGCACCGGGCAGUGGCAAAUCUUACCUAUCGCGUACGCUUAUCGACCGCACUUCUGGCGGUGAUUAUCGUAAUCACAUUUUUAGCGCCGACGACUAUUUCAUGGUGAACGGAGUGUACAAAUUCCAGCCCGAUGCAAUAGAUUCUGCGCAUCGUUUUAAUCAGCAAAACGUGCUAGCGAAGGCACGUGAUGGAUGGAGCCCGAUCGUGGUGGACAAUACGAACAUGCAAUUGUGGGAGAUGUUCGAGUAUGUGAAAAUUGCUGCCGCCCACGGCUACUUCCUCGAGGUGCUCGAACCGACAACACACUGGCGGAAUAAUAGCCGCAGCCUAGCGAUACGGAACACACAUGGCGUUCCGGAGCCGAAGAUUAAGAACAUGCUGCAAAAGUAUGAGAAGCUCACCAAUGUGCAGGAGCUUUAUCGCAUGUGUAAACUCGAGCACGCACUUUACAUUCCGGUUAAGAUGCGCCACUAUCCCAUCCUACCGAGCGACUUGCCUGUGCCAGCGGAGGAAUCGGCUAAUUCCGUACCGCAGGCUACGAAGUGGUGUGAACCCUGGGGCGACAUGACAAAAGCAACAAAAGACAAUUCAAAGCAAAAGCCAAACGAUCGGUUAACCGAUCUGUCGGCUAUACCACCGCCCAAACCACCUCGCGAUCCGCAGAAAAUCGGUACACCGGUAAAGGUGGCACCGCGGUACCACAAAACGAUUGAGGAAGAGACCGAUCUCGGGGCAGCGGGAGGUUGCGAUGCUCUAGACGAGGAUAAUUUUUCCUGGGACUUUAGCGAUUGGCGUAAAACAGACACAAACUGGAAACCCUACGAUACGGAAAGCAAUCAGUUCUGGGCAUCGUCCGCGAUUGAAGAGAAACAAAAACAAAACCAAGUACAAACGAUGGACGUGUCGGCACUAGAAGCGCAACCAGAACGCGUAACAAAUCCGCACCACGAACCGAUCACGAACUUUCUCCUAUCCAGCGUAAAGGAACCAACUAAGUUGCCGAUGAAAUUUCCUGAAUCAGCACAAAAAUCUAAUCCGUCCCAGACUUCCCAGCCACCCAGGGAGAAACCAUCGAAAAAGACCGACAUGAAACGGAUCGCGUUGACAAAACAUAAGCGCGGUUGCCCGAAUGAGAACACAAGCUUUUCGGAAAUUUGUAAUCUCUACUCAAAAAUUCCGGAAUCCUAUCUGUGGGAUCUGUUCGAGAAGUGCAGCGGUGAUGGUGAUUGGGUUGCAAACAUACUGCUGGAGGAACAAAAGUCGGAAAACUUCGAAAGCUGUGCCGGAGUAUCCCAAACACAGCCGAACGUCAAGGACAAUCAAGGCGAGCCAGUCGAUGUACUAACGGAUACAACGGUCCGAUGGAACUUGCUUGACUGCAACUGCAACGAACAGAUUGCAAAGGACAUAUCGCAAUCGGUGCUAUCUUCGCUGGACAAAGUAGAAAGCGAAACGGAGCAUCCUGCCAGUUACAUGACUACCGAAGCAUCCGGAUAUCUGUCACCGCGAGAGCCAGUACGCCGUGGCCAAGGACAGCGGGAAUCUACACAGGCAAUCAAGCGAGAAAUCGAGGCACGUUUCGUACUGGGAAAUGAACACUUCUCGGAACCGAUUCAAAAGUUACGCCUAGCCAGACGGAUUGUAACGGCCUCCGAUGAAUCUCCACCCGGAGAGAUGCUAGAUCUGGAAGCGCCUGACAAAGCCACGGACAGUGAGGUAGUUGCGCUGCAACUCGGUGUAGAAUUGGUGCAGCAACUGCACGCCAUCUUCAAGGAUAAGCAUUGUCCCAAAUCGCUCGAACUGGAAAAUGUACAGUCCGACCGGACGCGUGUAUUCAUGGCGACGGAAAUGGCGGAACAAUUGUAUCUGCUUUUCCUCGAUUCGUUCUACAGCUACACCGAGGAGGAGAAGUUGCUUAGCUUGCGGGAAGACGCCCGCAUGGCACAGCUGAUGCAGACGGAGGAAAAAUAUCCCGCCCUGUUUAAACCACCCAAUCCGACGGGGGUUCCAAACCUGAAAGACAUUAUCGAGAUGGAGGAAGCAUUGGCGGCAUAUCAGAAGGAAACCAACGCAACCUGGCAGAGACCGCCGGAUCUGGCCCAGCAGAUGUCGCAACAGAAGCUGAAAGAAAUGUUCCCGCACGUAAACGGCGAUGAUCUGGUUCAGAUUCUAGCCGCGCACCAUAAUCGCUUCGAUGAAACGGUGCAGGUGCUGAACGCCUCCAUACCCGACAGCGUUCGGCAGCAGAUGCUGGAAAAAGAAGAGCAUCUAAAGCAGCGAGCCGAGAACGAAAAACAGAAGCUGCUUGAUCUGUUUAGCUCACCCACCUUUGCGACACCCUCCCCGACGGGGUCUUCCAGCCUCUCCGGUGAGGAGGCGAUCAAUUUCCACUUGAUCAAAGCGGAAGAAUGUAGGAAUUUGGCACAGCAUCAUCUCGAUCUUAAGAACGAAUGUCACGAAAAGACACGACAAGCGAUACAGCGCAAUGUGCCGGGGUUGGCCGAUUACUACUCACAGAUUGCACGUCUACAUCGCACCAAGAUCGACAUGUACAACAGUAGAGCAUCGAACUGCAUCAUGGAGGUGCACAAGCUGAAGCUGAACAAUGAUGCAGUGCUUGAUCUGCACUAUCUGCACUCGCAGGAAGCGUUACGCUGCUUGGAGCUAUUCCUAGCCGAACAUGCGUCCAAUCUACUCAACUCCCAACAGCGCUUCAAAACGCUAUACAUCAUUACGGGCCGAGGACUACAUUCGGCCGAUGGUAAACCAAUCAUCAAACAGCGCGUGAAGGCAAUGCUUAGAGUAAAGAACAUAAGAUACACCGAGCUAAAUCCAGGCUUCCUCAAGAUCAAGCUUUAUAAUCGGGACGAUCUCGAACAGCUUAUGGUGACGGAGUAAUGCGCUAUUGAGGCGAACCGACCGUGUGUCGGGGUUAAAGUGUACUUAAAACAAUGCCUCAAGCCGAAACCGGAAGCAGAAAUCGAAACACGUCGAUUCCACCGAAACCCGCUCUACACGUAAUGCACGUGUAGCACGGGAAGGGAGAAACACGGCGAAUUCGAAUGUACCUGAUUCAAAGUCAUGAGUCACCCGCGAGUCAUUUAGCGAAUAUAGAAAGCAUCAACAUGCUUGCGCACCAGAGCAGCAUAUAAAUCGUUGUAGAUUUGACUAGCCAUAAACGAAACGAUGAGGCGGUUAUUUCAAAAUCACGGACAUUCUUUGGGAAGUAAGGGAAAAUGUAUAAAAAUAAAAUUUUAUUACCAAAUAUAAA